CCCUCGUUUCUCUCUCCCCGCCUCCUCCGCGGCAGCUGAGCGCCAAACUCAAACUCUAUCAGGACCCAGACGCCUUUCAGGCUAGUACGGAGGGCCGGGCCUGUUGGGCUUUUCCGCACACCGGCCGGGGCAACGGGCGAACAUGAGCGAAGUUCUGUUCCAGCAACUAGUCCCGUUGCAGGUGAAAUGCAAAGACUGCGAGGAGAGGAGAGUAAGUGUUAGAGUGAGCAUUGAACUACAAUCAGUUUCUAAUCCAGUUCACAGAAAGGAUUUAGUUAUCCGUCUGACUGAUGAUACGGAUCCAUUUUUCCUGUAUAACCUUGUUAUAUCUGAGGAAGAUUUUCAAAGUUUAAAAUUCCAGCAAGGUCUUCUGGUAGACUUCUUAGCUUUUCCACAAAAAUUUAUAGAUCUCCUUCAGCAAUGUACUCAAGAACAUGCCAAAGAAAUUCCAAGGUUUUUGCUACAGUUAGUUUCUCCAGCAGCUAUUUUGGAUAACUCACCUGCAUUUUUAAAUGUGAUAGAGACAAAUCCUUUUAAGCAUCUUACACACCUUUCACUAAAACUUUUACCUGGGAGUGAUGUGGAGAUAAAGAAAUUUCUAGCAGGCUGUUUAAAAUGUAGCAAGGAAGAAAAAUUAUCUUUGACGCAUUCACUAGAUGAGGUUACUAGGCAACUGAACUUCACACAAAAGACAUUAUCAGAAAAGAUCCAAGAAUUAGAUAAGUUACGGAAUGAAUGGGCAUCACACACAGCAGCACUGACAAAUAAGCAUUCUCAGGAACUGACAAAUGAGAAGGAAAAAGCCUUGCAGGCACAAGUUCAAUAUCAACAGCAGCAUGAACAACAGAAAAAAGAUUUAGAAGUCGUCCAUCAACAAAAUAUUCACCAGCUACAAAACAGGUUGUCUGAAUUAGAAGCAGCUAAUAAAGACCUAACUGAAAGGAAAUAUAAAGGAGACUCCACUAUUAGAGAACUUAAAGCAAAACUUUCUGGUGUCGAAGAGGAGCUACAGCGGACUAAGCAAGAAGUACUCUCUUUGCGAAGAGAGAAUUCUACACUAGAUGCUGAAUGCCAUGAGAAAGAAAAGCAUAUUAAUCAGCUACAGACAAAAGUGGCAGUUUUAGAACAGGAAAUCAAAGAUAAGGAUCAGCUUGUUUUAAGAACAAAAGAAGCAUUUGAUACAAUCCAGGAGCAAAAGGUGGUUUUAGAAGAAAAUGGUGAGAAAAAUCAGGUACAACUAGGAAAACUUGAAGCUACAAUAAAAUCAUUAUCAGCAGAACUUCUGAAGGCAAAUGAAAUUAUAAAGAAGUUACAAGGGGAUCUGAAAACUCUAAUGGGUAAAUUGAAACUGAAGAAUACAGUUACUGUUCAGCAAGAAAAACUCUUGGCUGAGAAGGAGGAAAAAUUACAAAAGGAACAAAAGGAAUUACAAGAUGUUGGACAGUCUCUCCGAAUUAAAGAGCAAGAGGUAUGCAAAUUACAAGAACAAUUAGAAGCUACAGUUCAAAAACUUGAAGAAAGCAAACAGCUUCUAAAAAAUAAUGAAAAGUUAAUCACAUGGUUAAAUAAAGAGCUAAAUGAAAAUCAGCUAGUGAGAAAGCAAGAUGUAUUGGGACCUUCUACCACUCCACCUGCACAUUCUAGCAGCAAUACAAUCAGAAGUGGAAUUUCUCCUAACCUGAAUGUGAUUGAUGGUAGACUGACUUACCCAACUUGUGGGAUUGGUUAUCCUGUCUCCUCUGCGUUUACGUACCAGAACACCUUUCCUCAUCCAAUGUCUUCCAAAAAUAACAUCCAACCGGUUUCAGGACCAAAGGUUCAGUUUAAUUUGCAGUUUACAAAACCAAAUACACUGCUAGGAGAUGUCCAGUCAGGAGCAACUAUGAGUAUACCUUGCUCAAAUGAUAAGGAAAAUGGUGAAAAUUUAGGGCUGGAAUCCAAAUACCUGAAGAAAAGGGAAGAUAGUAUUCCUUUACGUGGUCUCAGCCAGAAUCUAUUUAGUAACUCAGACUACCAGAAAGAUGGCACUCUCGGAGCAUUACAAACUUCCAAACCCACAGUGCACCCUGCUACAUCUUCAGCAUAUUUCCCUGGGCAGUUACCAAACAGUUAAUUCUAGUGUUGUCUUUUACUUUUUUACUGACAUUUUAGUAACUCUGGUGGUUUAAAAAUAUGUUAACAUAAAUCAGAUCCCAAAGAAGCAAGUUUUAAAUUUUACUUGAACUACUGUUAGAUUCUUUGGCUUCUUUUAAGUAAGUACUGCUGUCAUUUAUGGCAGACACUUUAUAGGAACAAAUUUGUACUUGGGGAUUGGUAAAGGUUUGGAGUAAAUGAUAUUUUUUGGUUUGUGAACAUGGGUGUUUUAUAGAAUCAUAGUAGUAUGAAUUUUAUUAAACUAAUCCAUAGAAAUUCAGUUCUAAGGAAAUAGAUGAUCUUUGUAAGGGACAUUCUAAUCAUAUUGAAAAUCUGGGUAAAUUUAAACCUUCUCAGAACAUAAAAGUGUAAGGGCCGGCCCGUGGCUCACUUGGGAGAGUGUGGUGCUGAUAACACCAAG